AUGUCAUCAAAAUUUGGACUUGAUUAUGCUAAACGAGUUGCCAAAUGUAAGAAAUGUCAACAACAGCUAUUAAAAGGAGAUUUACGAAUGUGGAGAAUGGUGCCUAAUCCUUUCACAGCAGAUUCUGGAAACCCAACAGAAAUGAAAAAUUAUUUUCAUCCUGAUUGCCUUUUUGAAACACUUAUACGUUGUCGUGCUACAACGAAGAUCAUUGAUUCACCAGAUGAUAUCGAAGGUUGGGAUAUUGCAAAUGAUGAUGACAAAGAAGCCAUCAUAGAGAAAAUUAGGAAUCUUUCGGAAAUACGAUUGAAAAAGUUUGGAGAUAAAGUGAAAACUUCAAUAUCAUCUCCUUCAAAAGACUCUAUCAAGCCAACCGUUACUAACGAAAUAUCUCCGAAAAAAGCAAAAGGCGAAAAAGUGAAGACGCCUACGUCUUCUCGAAGGAAAAUAAAAUAUGAAACUGUCGAGAAAAGUCCGAAAGAAUUGACUUCUGAAGAAAUUCGUGAUGGCAAAACAAACAUUUCCAAUAUGAAAAACGAACAAUCAACAGCACAAAUCUUGGAAUCAAAUAAAACAGAUGAUAGUAUUCAGAAGGUGGGAAGCAAAUUCGAUGUGUUCAAAUUGUUUUGCAAACUUUGUGAUGUGAUUGCAUCGGUAUCGAAGUACGCUGAGAAGACUGCAGCUGUUAAAAUAUUCAUUAACAAAGAAGGAUAUGAUGGUGACUUAUACUUAUUGCUGAAAUUUUUAAUCCCAGAAGCAGAUCAGCGAGUAUACAAUUUGAAAGCAAAACAGAUUAUAAAAAUCUUUUCUGCUCUCUUUGACUGGUCAGUUGACGAAUUGACAGAAUCAUAUAAUCAAACAGGCGAUGUUUCUGAGACGAUAUGUUCGUUUUGGUCGAAAUUAGAUAGUGAUCGAAAAAAAUCGAAAAUAACAAAUCAGAUGGUAGACGAUUGGUUAGAAAAACUGAGUGAAUUAACACGGGAAAAGGAGCAGCAAAUGCACUUCUCGGAAAUAUGUAAAUUAGUUUCAUGCCUGGAGUUGAAAUAUAUUAUCCGUUUGAUAAUGAAAGACUUGCGGGUAAAUGCGGGCGCAAAACAUAUGUUAGAAGGCUUAAAGAAAGGUGCGUAUGAAAUGUUUCAAAAUUCACGAAAUCUGCAAGGUGUCAUUGAAAAAUGUCAGUAUACUGAUAAAGAAAAGUUAUUGGAAAGUGGUAUAGUUUUGAAUACACCAAUUAAGCCUAUGCUUGCUGAACCAUGCCGAAGUAUUAAACAAGCAAUGGAAAAAUGUAACAAAGAAAUGUAUGCUGAAAUCAAAUAUGACGGAGAAAGAUUGCAAUUGCAUAAAGAUGGUAGCAAAUUCAUGUUUUUCUCACGAUCAUUGAAACCAACAGUAGACCACAAGGUGGUCGAUCUGAAUAAAAUAGUCUCAGAGGCAUUUCCAACAAGUAGAGAUUUAAUUGUUGAUGCAGAAAUGCUACUGAUUGAUACAAAUACUGGAAAACCGUUACCUUUUGGAACAUUAGGUAUCCAUAAAAAGAAGCAAUUCAAGGAUGCAGCAGUUUGUUUAUUUGUUUUCGAUUGCAUAUAUUACGAUAGCAAUUCGUUAAUAGAAAAGUCAUUAAGGGAAAGGCGAAAAUUUUUGGAGGACAAUAUGAAGGAAAUUCCAAAUCGUGUAUUAUUAUCCAGUUGUCAUCUUAUUAAAAAAGGAGAAAAUGAUAAGUUAGAAAUUUUGAUCUCGAAAACCAUUGAUGAGGGUCUAGAAGGUUUGGUCUUAAAAGAUUUGGAUUCAAUUUAUGAACCUGGAAAAAGGCAUUGGUUGAAGAUAAAGAAAGAUUACCUGCAAGGAGGUGAUAUGGCAGAUACAGCUGAUCUCAUUUUACUUGGUGCUUUUUAUGGGACAGGAAAUAAAGGCGGUACAAUGUCAGUGUUUUUAAUGGGUGUGUAUGAUAAGGAGAAGCAGAAAUUUUGCACAGUAACCAAAUGUGGCAACGGUCAUGAUGAUGCUACACUAGAACGUAUCAAUAAAGAAUUAGAACCAAAAAUGAAUAAGAUAUCACGGAAAUAUGAAAAUUUACCGGAAUGGAUUGAAUGCUCUCGAUCGCUUGUUCCAGAUUUCAUUGUUAUGGAUCCAAAAGAAUCACCAGUAUGGGAAAUUGCAGGAGCAGAAUUUACACGAUCAGAUAAUCACACAGCAUCAGGUAUAUCGAUACGUUUUCCGAGAGUAACAAAAAUUCGAGACGAUAAAAAUUGGGAAACGGCUACUAGCUUACAAGAACUUGAGAAACUUUUGGAACUUUCGAAAACAAAAACCGAUAUUAAGUCAGAAAUUGAUAGUGCUGAAUCUCUUGACACAAACGACAAAAUUGAUGCAGAAGAUGACAGGGAAGCUUCAAUAAUAAGAAAAAGAAAACGAGAAGCAAUUAGCGAUAAUUCUAAAAAUGAUGAACAAGCAGCUAGUGAUGAGGAAACAAAAACGAAAAGAGCAAAAAUACCAUGCAAGUAA